AUGUCUGUCUCGACAGCCUCCAGAAGAGAACCGCCCUAUCGGCCAUUCCAAUGUGUCAUCUGCCAGGCACGGUUUAGUCGAGGCGAGAACCUCAAACGCCACGCCGCUGUACAUAACCGGUCUCAAGACCAAGGGUCGUUGGCCUGUCCGCUAUGCCCAGUGACAUUCUCUCGGGCGGAUCUGAGGAGCCGCCAUAUGAAGAGGAAGCACCCAGAGCAAGAAGGUCGACGACAACCUCCAAAGCGGGUACGGCGUCCGACCGCCACUCAAGAUAUCGAGAGAUGGACUGAGCGAGCCGAUGAAGCUGGCUCCUUGUCCCCUGCAGAGAGCGAGAUGGAUGGGCUAUACCAUUCACAAACAGGAGACCAAGCAACCAUCCACUCGCCCGGUGACCCGCAUGCCAUUGACAGAAUUGUGCAGUGUGCCAGUAACUUGGAGCGAAAUCUACUUCUAGAAACCUCUCUGUUCGGCAACUCCCAACAAUUCCAUGGCUCUUGCCUCCAAUCGACCUCAACAACACAAACCGAAUCUCAGGAACCCUCUUUCGCCAACCUCGAUAUCCCGCCCGAUAUUUCGCAUGCGCUCUUAAUUACUGGCCUGACACCGCCCCAAGAAGAAACUUCCCUAUCUCCCUUCCAAGUCACACGAGGCUGCGACCUUUUCUUUACGCACAUUUCGCCUUUCUUCCCGUUUGUACACCAAUCUACAUUUGAUAUCGCUCAGACAGCGCCUGAGUUGAUCCUCGGCAUGCUUUCGCUUGGCUAUCAAUAUGGUGAAGAUCCAGACAUGGGUGACAAAGAAGGAUCGGGCGCGGGCUUGUCUAUGCGCUGCUUUCAUCAAGCUCGAAUCAUGAUUGCUUCGGAAGAAGCCAACACGGGAGACCAUUCCCAUAACUUGUCCACUGUUCAGUCUUACUUGCUUCUCCAAAUAUGCGCCAUGAUGUAUCUUUGUGGUACUGAUUCAGCAUAUGGGCUCAAAAUGCAUUCCAACAUGAUUUCACUCGCCCGGGCCAGCGGCAUAAUGCAGCCAAGACCGACCGAGCCUUCCACAGCUACAGAUUUGGAUUCGUUAUGGCGAGAAUUUGUCAGAGCCGAGUCACACAAGCGAACGGUCUUUGCUGUCCAUCAGAUCGACGCACUCUGGUACCAAUUUCUGUCAAUUCCUCGCUUAAUCUCACACCUGGAGAUUAAGCAUGACUUACCGUGUCCCGAAGGUCAUUGGUCAGCAUCUUCUUCUGCCGAAUGGGCCCAUCGCCGUCUCGUGGCCAACAGCCCUGGCACUCCAGUACAGUACGCGGACGCAGUUCGACGCUUUCUGACCCCUGAUUCAGAUCUGAGCACUCUUUCUGAUUUUGAUCCAUACGGAGCGAUCAAUGUUGCGCAAUUUUUGAUUUCCAGCGCCCGUGAAAUAUCAGGUUGGUCUACUAUGACGGGCAUGCUAAGUAUGGAAAGAUUUGGAUGCUUGAAGAACUCGCUCAUCAUUCUCCUACCCUUUAUAUAUCCCGAGAACUCAGCAUCGACACAUGCAGUGAUGUGUAUGGCUACAUGGCAGACAGCUAUGCUCGAACUACAGAUGUGGUCGCCUUCACAUACUGGUGGUAUUGUCGGAGGAACCAUGGACGCCAUGUUGAGUCAAUCGACUGCUCUGGCCCCUACGUACGAGUUCUUGUGCGAUGUCGACACUGCCAAAGCUAUUGAGCCACAUGUUCAAUGGUUCCUGCAGUAUCUGGAUGAAACCCUAAUCGCGGACACCGAAGCCCCCUGGAUCACAUUAUAUGCGUACAAAGCAUUCUUGAUUGCCUGGCAGCUUGUCCGUGGCGGUGUGGCAGGUGCGAUGCAAAUUGUUGGUGUAGCCGAUGGAGAUUCCGCUGGAGCUGUGUUGUGGGCGAGAAAAAUAUUCGAGCGCAGACGGCGGUGGAGAGUCGGCCGGUUGAUUCUUUCAUGUUUGGAUGAUCUUGAAGGUCAUGUUGGCAACUGA